CAUAAAAUCGUCUGUAGCCGAAAGGACAGCGACAAUGAUUGUCGAAAUAAUAACAGCAUGUUGCGGCGCCGUAGUUCUCUGCGCGAGCCUCGUGUACUACCUUUUAACGUAUAACUAUGGCUACUGGAAGAAGAGAGGCGUCGUGUCACCAGUGCCUCAAGUAUUUUUUGGUAACUCCAAAAACACCAUGUUACGGCGAUCGACUUUCACAGAGGCGUUCAAAGGAUUUUACGAUUCUUUCCCCGACCAGAAAAUAGUUGGCUUCUACCGCACUUGGACUCCGUCGUUACUCGUGCGAGACCUGGACAUUAUCAAAUAUAUAAUGAUCAGCGACUUCGACAACUUCAUGGACCGUGGCUUCGCCUUCAGUAGUAAGGGCCUCGGCAUGAACCUGUUCACUGCCGACGGCGAUACGUGGCGCAUCCUGCGCAACCGCCUCACGCCCCUCUUCACCUCGGGCAAGCUUAAGAAUAUGUUUGGAUUGAUCGAUCAACGCAGUGAUAUAUUUAUGAACUACAUGAAGCCUAUCGUCGACGAAAAUCCCGAACGAGACAUUUAUACUUUGAUCCAGAAAUUCACUCUCGGCACCAUAGCCGCGUGCGCGUUCGGCCUGGACCUUGACAUUAAUGAUAGUGACAGUAUGCUCACGAAAAUCGACAACUUGAUAUUUAAAUCAAAUUACACGAUUGAAUUGGAUUCGAUGUUUCCCGGCAUACUCAAGAAACUGGACAUGUCCUUCUUCCCUAACGUUAUCAACAACUUCUUCUACGGACUCGUGAAAACCGUCAUAAAGGAGCGAAACGGCAUGCCCUCCAACAGGAAAGAUUUCAUGGACCUGCUUCUGGAAUUAAGGAACGCCGGGGAGAUCGUCGGCACCAAAAAACAUGAGAACGAAAAGGAUCGCACCCUCAAGAUAACUGACGACGUAAUGGCUGCGCAGGCGUUUGUGUUCUACGCGGCGGGCUACGAGACCAGCGCUACGACCAUGUCGUUUUUACUGCACCAACUCGCGCUCAAUCAGGAUAUCCAGGACAAGGUUGUCAAGGAAAUAAAUGACGUUCUGUACAAACACGACGGAAAAUUAACUUUCGACGUGUUGAAAGAUUUCACGUACUUGAACCAAGUGUUUGACGAGACACUUAGGAUGUACCCUGUGGUAGACCCGUUGACCAGACAAGCGCUGUGCGACUACAAUAUUCCUGGUACGGAUGUGACGGUGGAAGCAGGGACUGUGCUGUUCGUGUCGGCGCGGGGCGUCCACUACGAUGAGAAGUACUAUCCGGAUCCGUACAAGUUCGAUCCGGAGAGGUUCUCACCGGAAAAUUCGAAAGGGAGACACCCAUGCGCAUACAUGCCUUUUGGCAUUGGACCACGUAAUUGCAUUGGUAUGCGUUUCGCUCAGGUACAGUCCCGGGUAUGUUUAGUGAAGUUGCUGCGUCGGUACCGAGUGGAGCCCAGCUCGCAGACGCGCCCCACGAUGGAAUACAACGCCGAGCGGCCCAUACUGGGCCCCAAGCACGGUGUACCGCUCAAAAUAGUGGUUAGAACGGCUCAACAGUAAUGAUAAACUUUAUUUAAAAUUGUAUAAGAAAUUGUGUAGGUCUGAAACAGUACUGAAAAUGUUUUCAUGUGAUAGUGAAAAAUUAUUUGUAUAGUAAUAAUAAUCAAGAUCAAGCCGUGACAUGAAAUAUCAAAUUUAUAUUGUGAUUUAGGGAUGGAUUUAACAUUAAGUAGUGUUUGCGUGUAAGUUAUUCUAUAUAAUCUACUUAUUUCGUAUCUGAUAUGAUUAAUAUACUCAAAAUUAUUGUUUGUGUCAAUUUUUAAAUAAAAUAUUAUAAAAAUAAAAAAUAAAAUUUAUUUAUAUAAAUUAUUAGAACA